GGUCCUGCCAGCCGCCGGCCCUUGGACCCGGCUAAAGUCCCUCUGGCCGCAGACGGGUGCAGCGGCUGCAGCCCAAGAACGGCGCAAAGCGGCCGAGGCGCCGACUGUCGCUCACCCCCGGACUCCCCGCCGCGCGGCCUGUGCACCUGCGCGCGGGCAGCGGCCGUUGCUGAGGGAGGAAGCGCCGCGAGCGGCCCUGCCACGGCUGGCCGAGGGAGGAUGGCGGAACAAGGCGCCGAGAACCUGUCGGUGGUGGUACAUCGCGCCGGGGACCUGCGCCUGGAAAAUCGCUCGGUCCCAGAACCAGGUCCCAAUGAGGUGCUGCUGAGGAUGCAUUCGGUCGGGAUCUGUGGGUCUGAUGUCCACUAUUGGCAGAAUGGUAGAAUUGGGGACUUUAUCAUAAAGAAGCCCAUGGUGCUAGGGCAUGAGGCAUCCGGAACCGUCAUCAAAGUGGGGUCAUCAGUAACCCAUCUGAAGCCAGGCGAUCGAGUGGCCAUUGAGCCUGGUGCUCCUCGAGACAUCGAUGAAUUCUGCAAAAUCGGACGCUACAACCUGUCUCCGACUAUCUUCUUCUGUGCGACACCUCCUGAUGAUGGAAACCUGUGCCGAUAUUAUGCACACAAUGCCAGCUUUUGCUACAAGCUUCCAGAUAACGUCACCUUUGAAGAAGGGGCCCUCAUUGAACCACUUUCUGUGGGAAUCCAUGCCUGCCGAAGAGGCGGAGUCACUCUGGGAUCCAAAGUCUUAAUCUGUGGGGCUGGACCCAUUGGGCUAGUUUGCUUGCUCGUCGCCAAGAUGAUGGGUGCUGCCCAGGUAGUAAUCACUGAUUUAUCCGCCUCCCGCCUGGAAAAAGCCAAAGAGAUUGGGGCAGAUUUCACCAUUCAGAUAAAGAAAGAAACCCCAAAGGACAUGGCCUGCAUGGUGCAAGGUUUGCUUAACUGCAUGCCUGACAUAACCGUGGAGUGCUCCGGGGCAGAGGCCAACAUCCAAACUGGCAUUUACGCCACUCGCUCGGGCGGGACCCUGGUUCUGGUGGGGCUGGGACCGGAGAUGGUCCAUGUCCCCAUCGUGAAUGCUGCUGUGCGGGAGGUGGAUAUCAAGGGGAUAUUUCGCUACUGCAAUACGUGGCCCAUGGCGAUUUCUAUGCUUGCAUCCAAGAGAGUGGACAUCACGUCUUUGGUUACACACCGCUUCCCUUUGGAAAAAGCGCUGGAGGCCUUUGAGACAACCAAGAAGGGUUUGGGGGUGAAAGUUAUGCUAAAGUGUGACCCCAGUGACCAGAAUCCCUGAAGCAUGGCACUGCACUCCUCCCCUAUUAUACUGCCUGGCUUAAAGACGACGAAUGGGCUCUAUAGUGACAUGGGAACUGUAAUGAUAAGUUUAUAAGUAGUAUGUAGUGUUUGGGGAAUAAAGUUACGGUCACCUGUUGUACAGACAGUGCAUUGAAGGAAAAGGGAUUAUGGGUUAAGGAUAUUUACAGACUUAUAGCUGCUUAAAUGGGGAACCACUAUUUGGGAACCAAAUUUGGGCCAAAAUCCUCCCCUCAGAUCUGUACAGGAGAUCUUGGCUCAGUCUUCUUCCCCUACGAAUGCAGCUCACUGAGGAUCCUGAGAGGAGAACUUUUCUCCUGGAGAGGACCUGUUGGUAUUCACCUCUUCUCUAAUAGACUAUACAUUCUGAAAACCGUAGAUCUCUCUAUGUUGUGUAUCAGACAAAGGGCUUCACCCUGCCCACUUGCAUUGAAGAACCACCUAUGUCACAGCCAGGAUUUGUACAUGCUGAAGCACUGAAUAAGAGUUUCACACUUGACUCCUGUUAAUGGCAAUGAAAAUUGUGCAGAAUAAUUUGUCUGGGGCUCUAUUCAAGGCUGGGACAAUACUAUCCUGGGUCAAGAUUUGUUCUAAGCGGGUGUUGGGCCUGUUCGGUGCGGUCAGACCUGUGUACAAUCCCCUGCAAAGCAGAGUUAUGGAAUACUAAUACUUGAAUACUCUGUCAGGGAUUUACAAACAUGGAAUGAAGGCUGGGCAUUUCAUCUCUGUGGGAUGUUCUUUGACAUUCAUGUUGUAAAAGGGGGGGAGGGAUAGCUCAGUGGUUUGAGCAUUGACCUGCUAAACCCAGGGUUGUGAGCUCAAUCCUU